AGUGGAGCAUAAAAAGAGUGAGACCGCAGCAGGGCCAGCAGUGAGAUGGAGGGGCUUAUUUGCCAAUAAGCUUUGGAGGCUGUGCCAGCUGGACAGCUGCUGGUCUGCUUUGUCACUUGUGAAUUUUCCAGACUGGUCAAUCAGAUGUUUCUCAACCGGGCAGCUGACUAGAGUUAAUUUAAAGAUACGAGGAGGAGGGGGAGUAGAAUAAGGAAAGCUUCAGUGUUAAGUUCAGCCAGGGACUGCCCAGAAUCAGGUAGACACUAACUGUGCUCAAACAAGAAAACCUGCUCCUCCACUCUGCAGUGAGUUUCCAGGGACACGGUUGGCUCGUUCCCAGUCUGCCCACUUAAUGACCGUCUCUGCCCACCUUGAACAUAUGACCUUGCAGUUCUCAGCCGACAUGCAGAACCAGAAAGCGAACACUGCAUCUGAUAUGGGAGUGCUGAAACAAAAGAGCAGGGAUGGAGCAGGUAAGACCACCCAGAUGGAUCAGGCAGCACUCGGAGGGAUGGUGUUCAGGAGAGCAAAGAGCAUCAGAGCAGAGGAGAGUGACGAGAGGCUGAUGAUGGAGCUGACGGAGCUCGUCCAAAGAGCUGUGAAGGACAGCAGCUGGUGGGAGAAGCAAGGUAUCGACUGUGCCAUCGUAGCUGGCGCCUUCCUCUGUCUGCCAGCCGGUUUCCUACUUUUGGGUACUGCCAGUCCCUUCUGUUUACUGACGGGUCUCUUGCUGAUGGGAACCAUCCAUGCGAUCAUCACAGUGAAGGGGAGUCACCUUGCAAGUCACCGGGCCCUCAGCAAUUCUAAGGCUUGGACUGAGUUCUGGAAUAUUUUCUUUACUGAGGUGUGUGGCUCGUUCUCCGCCAAAGCUGGAGUCGAUGCUCACGUGAAGCUCCACCAUGCUCACACCAACAUUAUCGGCCUCGGAGACUCCAGCACCUGGAAGCUGCCAUUUCUUCCACGCUACAUCUACCUGUUUAUGGCUCCUCUUGCUGUCCCCAUCAUCACGCCAAUUGUGGCAGUAGGUCUCCUUAAGGAUUACUCUCCGGGUCUGGCUCUGCGGACAAUCUGCACAAUUCUGCUUGGCCUCGGUGCUCACUACUGGCUGCUGGUCCACGUGUCGGGAUUCCAGAGCGUCUCGUCCACGCUGCUCUGUAUGAUGUUGUGUCGGGCCGUCUUCUCCCUUCCGUACAUACACGUCAACAUCUUCCAGCACAUCGGUCUGGCCAUGUUCUCCCCUCUGCAGCGACCAAAGAGAAUAUACCAGAUGACCCAUGGGGUGUUAAACCUGCCUAGAAACCCUGUGCUUAACUGGACAUUUGGUCAUUCACUGAUCAGUUGCCACGUGGAGCAUCACCUCUUCCCUUACCUGUCUGAUCACAUGUGUCUCAAGGUCAAGCCCAUCGUUUCACGGUUCCUCAAAGACAAUGGCCUGCCCUAUCAGGAGGACGCCUAUCUCUCACGCCUGCGGCUCUUCAUUCAAAAGUAUGAGGAGCUGAUGGUGUUUGCUCCACCCAUCACCGAGCUGGUGGGCAUCCAGUGAUGAGAGACAGAAGGAGAGAGAAAUAGAGAUUGACCAAAUACCAUUCUAACACCAAAAACGUUUUCAGUUAAGAGACUGCAGAGGUCAAGAUGAGCGAAAGACUGGAGCGGACGAACAAGACGCUUGGAUUUGUACUUUCACCUCACUUAGCUGUGAGGCUACUUCCACUCGGGCGCAUGCAAAAUCCUGGCUCAAGUGUUAAUCCAGUUUGGAAAUCACUUCUCUUAUCUGAGAUAGAGUGUAGUGGGAAGUCAAGCAAAAUGACCCUUUUAAUUGGCUAACUAAACAGAGUACAAUAUGGUCACAUCUUGCCUGAAGUUUGCAUAUUGAAAUCUUCGUAGUUAGCCAAUAAAUAGGGUCAUUUUGCUUGACUUCUCACUACAUUCAUAAUGGCUAACACGGUACAACACCCUCGUACUACUGAGAUAGAGUGAAAUGCACAUGCCAGGACCGGACAUACAUUCA